GGACAGGGGACAGGGGGACAGGGGGGACAGGGGGACAGGGGGACCAGGAGGGGGGACAGGGGACAGGGGGACAGGGGGACAGGGGGACAGGGGGGGACCAGGGGGACCAGGGGACCAGGGGGA